AUGAUGAUCGACGUGCCCAUCCCGUUCGUCGCGCACAGAAUCGACCCGCCGUCGCAGACCGUCGAGACCUCCAAAGCCGAGAUCGUGGACAUGUUCACGCAGUCCUACCUCAUGCGCCGUCUGGAGAUCGCCGCGGACGUUCUCUACAAGGGGAAGUUCAUCCGCGGAUUCUGCCACCUCUACGACGGGCAGGCGCGUUCUAUCUCACACUGGUCCCCAUACGACCGCGAGGCGGUGUGCGUCGGGAUGGAAGCGGCGCUCAACAAGGACGACGCGAUCGUGACGUCGUACCGCGACCACUGCACGCACUUGGGGCGCGGUGGGACGCCGUUGGAGGUGAUGGCGGAGCUCAUGGGGCGAAUCGACGGCGCGAGCAAGGGCAUGGGAGGGAGCAUGCACAUGUACAAGAGAGACGCGCACUUUUUCGGAGGGAACGGCAUCGUCGGCGCGCAGGCGAGUUCUGACUGGUCCCCAUACGACCGCACGCCCAUCGGCGCCGGGCUCGCGUUCGCGAUGCAGUACGAGAAGAAACCCAACGUCGCGGUCGCGAUGUACGGCGACGGCGCGGCGAACCAAGGGCAGCUCUUCGAGGCGCUCAACAUCGCGGCGCUGUGGGACCUGCCCCUGAUCUACGUCUGCGAGAACAACCACUACGGCAUGGGCACCGCCAUCGCGAAGAGCGCGAAAUCGCCCGAGUACUUCAAACGCGGCGACUACGUCCCCGGUUUGAAAGUCGACGGCAUGGACGCGCUCGCGGUGAAGCAAGCGAUCAAGUUCGCGAAAGAGCACUGCGUCUCCGGUAAAGGCCCGAUCGUGCUCGAGAUGGACACGUACCGGUACCACGGGCACUCGAUGAGCGACCCCGGGUCGACGUACCGCACCCGCGACGAGAUCACCGGGAUCCGACAGGAGAGGGAUCCGGUCGAGAGGCUGCGCAAGCUGAUCGUCGAGCACGAACUGCUGGACACGGCGGAGAUCAAGGCGAUCGAGAAGGCGCAGAGGAAGAUCGUGGACGAGGCGGUAGCGGCGGGGAAGGCAUCGCCGGAGCCUCCGGUCGAGAAUUUGAUGAAGAACAUGAACCAGAUCAUGGACAACGUCGUCGUCAGGGGCGUUGACUCGGAGGCGCGGACGCACCUCACGGAGGCAUACGGGGUGAAGUGA